AUGGCGAAGGAGAAAAUCGACGGAGGGGUUCAUUGGGACGUCGGAAUACUUGAUGCCCUUGAACUCUGCACCGUCGCUCCACUGCUUCUGCACAUCCACCUUCUUCAAUCCACAGUAUCAACAGAGUUAGAACGGAGAGGACAAUUGGAGAUCUCAAUCUUGCAGCCACGGAUGUCAGAGGACAAGAGGAGAAGGACGAGGGAGAAUGAAAUUAAUUUACAAACCCUAACCUAUGCGUCCGGCGACCUCGUGCCGCUGUCCUACCUGGCCGGCGUGGUGACACGGUGGCCCAACUCGAAAGUUCAGACGGCGAUGGGAGAGGAGAUAUCUGGGACCGAGGCGCUGAGGUGGGUUGGGGUGGAGAGGCCGUUCGAGCUGCAGCCCAAGGAAGGGCUGGCCAUUGUCUGCGGCACGACUGUCGGGGCGGCAAUGGUGUGCCUGGUGUGCUACGACGCGAACGUGGAAGCGGUGCUGGCGGUGCUGCCGGAGCUGCUGAACGCCAUGUUCUACGAGGUGAUGCAGGGGAAGCCGGAGUUCGCCGACUCGCUGACGCACCGGCUGAAGCACCACCCUGGUCAGAUAGAGGCGGCGGCGCUCAUGGCGUACGUACUGGCAGGGAGCGACUACAUGAAGCAUGCGGCGAAGCUGCAGGAGACCAACCAACUUCAGAAGCUGAAGCAGGACAGAUACGCUCUUCGAACCUCUCCUCAGUGGCUCGGACCUCAGGUCAAUCGAUGGCAUGGCAUCCGAAACGGCACCGUUGACUUCAUCUUCGGCAACACCGCGGCUGUCUUCCAGAACUACUAG